UCUGCAGGUAUUCUUCAGUCUCCUGGACCGCAGAGAAGACAGAAAUAACAUGAGCACAGCAGGCAAAGUAAUAAAAUGCAAAGCAGCUGUGCUUUGGGAGCUAAAGAAACCCUUUUCCAUUGAAGAGGUGGAAGUUGCACCCCCUAAGGCCCAUGAAGUUCGMAUUAAGAUGGUGGCCACAGGAAUCUGCCGCUCAGAUGACCAUGUGGUCAGUGGAAACUUGCUUUGGCCUCUUCCUGUGAUUUUAGGCCAUGAGGCAGCUGGCAUCGUAGAGAGCGUUGGAGAAGGGGUGACUUCAGUAAAACCAGGUGAUAAAGUCAUCCCCCUCUUUAAUCCCCAGUGCGGAAAAUGCAAAGUUUGUAAACACCCAGAAGGCAAUGUCUGUUUGAAAAGCAGUUUACAACAACCCCAGGGGACCUUGUUAGAUGGCACCAGCAGGUUCACCUGCAGGGGGAAGCCAAUCAACCACUUCAUCCACACCAGCACCUUCUGCCAGUACACGGUGGUAGAUGAGAUGGCGGUGGUCAAAAUUGAUGCAGCGUCCCCACUGGAGAAAGUUUGCCUCAUCGGCUGUGGAUUUACAACUGGUUAUGGCUCAGCAGUCAAAGUUGCCAAGGUCACCCAAGGUUCCACCUGUGCUGUGUUUGGUCUGGGAGGAGUUGGCCUGUCUGUUAUCAUGGGCUGUAAAGCAGCUGGAGCAUCAAGGAUCAUUGGAGUGGACAUCAACAAAGGCAAAUUUGCAAAAGCCAAAGAAGUGGGUGCCACUGAGUGCAUCAAUCCUCAAGACUACAACAAGCCCAUUGAGGAGGUGUUGAAGGAACUGAGUGAUGGAGGUGUGGACUUUUCCUUUGAAGUCAUUGGUCGGCUGGACACCAUGCUUUCUGCCCUGUUAUGUUGUCAAAAUUCAUAUGGUGUAAGCGUCAUCGUAGGGGUGCCUCCUGAUUCCCAAAACCUCUCCAUGAAUCCUAUGCUGCUAUUGACUGGACGCAUCUGGAAAGGAGGAGUUUUUGGUGGUUUUAAGAGUAAAGAUUCUGUUCCCAAACUUGUGGCUGAUUUUAUGGCUAAGAGGUUUUCACUGGAUCCAUUAAUAACGAAUGUUUUACCUUUUGAAAAAAUAAAUGAAGGAUUUGAACUGCUUCGCUCUGGAAAGAGUAUCCGGACCGUCCUGACAUUUUAAGACCAUCCAGAUGCCUUGCCUUGGAGCAGUAUUCCGACUCCUCCCCAUAUAAUCAAGAAUACCAGCCAGAAAAACAUCAUCAAUUCUGUUCCUUAGAGAUGGAAUCAAUAGAAUUACACAUACAAGCUUUCUCUGGAAAAUCAGAAAUUCCUGUGAAAUCAUUUUUUCAAGCAAAUGUUUAGAAUCCAAGUGAGAGUUAUUGAACAUUAGCAAGUGAUUGAGGCUAGUAAGCUUUUCAUCUUAAGCAUAUGACUUAUGCCAUUUUCCUACUGAGGAAGGCUAUUUCUUGUGACUUCUUAUAUAUUUUUUCUCUCUUUUUAACCAUCAGUCAUUUACACUAAGUGGAGGGGAUCUUCCACCUGUCCCCAGCAUAAACACAUCAGGCAAUUGUGCUUGAAGUCAUCUGUGUCUGUCUCUAUUUCCACUGUCUGUACUUUCCUUUCUGUAAAAUGUAUCAAAGUCAAGGUCAACACCAUGGCGUGGUAAAGGAUAGACUCAGGUUUAAAAAUGUAGAAUGUUCAGCACUUUUGAAUCCAGGGAAUUUCUUAGUAACUCAAAGGAAAUGUCACACAUUCUCAUACCRUGAUGGGAAAUGUUUUGUUUACUGCCAUUAUACUCUUUCUUUGCAGUGAAUAUGUAGUUGCUCUCUUAAAUAAAAUCAGGUAUUAUGUUUAUGUGAUAAAUGUGAGGUUUGAAUAGUAAAUGCGGAAAAUAAACUCUUCCUGGACCAUAUUUUAAAAGUCUGUGAUUUAUAUUCAUGAAGGCCCUUUAUGGGCUAGACAGUUAAUGAUUACAACUGACUAAGGUGUCACUCUUUUUUGUUAAAAAUUAUGUGAUGACUCUUAAAGUCCAGGGGGCAUGGGAAUGCAGGCAACUGUGAACACAGCAUUUAAGAUGGUAACUUAGCAAUGGCAUAAACACCCCCAAGAAGUAUAUCUUCUAAGUAGAUAUAGAUAUAUGUACAUACCUUUUUGCAAAAAUUGUUUUCUAUCUAGAACUUUUCUAUAAACAACUAUGACUUAAACCAAUUCUAUAAUCCUGGGAUUAACUGAAUAUUUUGGAUAUGUUCAGACCCAYUUGUUGAUGCUUUCCCACUAGCAGAAGAAGAUCUACAUUAUGAGCUUUAUCUCCGGUAUUGCAUUCUAUUCUUAUUUUUAUUUAAAGGAUUGGUAGCUAUCUUCAAAAGUGUUACUGCUAUAUCUAUGAUCUCUUUGAUUUUGUAAAAAGGACACUAGACUUAGAGUAAAACAACUUACUACUUACUCUGUGACCUUCAGAAAGUCACUCAAACUCUCUGAACCUGUUGAUUAUUUGAUUUAGUGAAAUUACUCUAUCAAAUCAUUACAGCUUUACAGAGGAAGGGGGUGGGAGGGAAAAGGAGGCACAGGGGACUGAAAUGG